GGAAAAUCCGGGGGAGGGUGAUUACCUAACUCGACCUCGGCUCAACGCUCCCAACAGAUCAACAGAUCUAUUGGUAAAUCUUUCUUCCUGGCAGUCUACAGUAGAGCCUAAAAGGGUGUCAUCGCAGACCUCCAGUCAGCCCUCUGUUCAACGUCAGCAGUCAGCACCCUGAGGCCACCGAUCUACUUACUCCGGCCGUCCGAUUCCCAACCUGAAGCGUUGACUUCUCUGGAAUUGAAUCUUAGUUCCUCAUUCCGUUCGAAUUACACACCUCACUCCAAACAAAAGCCGCUUCCUCUCCGUACAGCUCCUUCUAACAUCCAUCUCAUCAGCAUCAGAACACCAUCACAGCCACCAAUAGACCCAUCCUGAACGGAAUCAAAAAAGGAUGUCAACCAGCACGACCACCAGGCCCCCAACCAGGGCGGCCACAGCCUCCCGACCCUCUGCCUCAUCCCCACUCACCAAACCCUACCUCAUCCUCUACAACGCCCUCAACUUCACCCUGUGGGCCACCUGCACGCUCCAGGGCCUCACCCUCCUCGCGACGGGCACGCCACUACCCCUCAUCUUUCAAAAAGUCUACCCGCUCCUCCAGGCCACGCAAUCCCUCGCCCUGCUCGAGAUCCUCCACAGCCUGGCGGGCCUCGUGCGCGCGCCCGCCACCACCACCGCGAUGCAGGUCGCCAGCCGCAUCCUCCUGGUGUGGGGGAUCAUGUACCCCUUCCAGCGCGAGAUUGUCGGGGCCACCGCCACCGUUGCGGGCGCGCAGACCGGCGACUACGCGUUCCUGGGCUGCCUCAGCGCCUGGGGCAUUACCGAGUGCAUCCGGUAUGGGUUCUUCGUCUGCCAGGUCUCCGGGCUCGGGGUGCCGGCGUGGUGGGCGUGGCUGCGGUACAAUACCUUCUACGUGCUGUAUCCGUUGGGCAUUAGCAGUGAGUGUGUGAUGGUGGUGCAGGCGUUGAAGCCCGCGGCGGCGGUGAGCCCCGUGUAUUGGUGGUUUUUGGUUGUCGUUUUGGGGGUUUAUGUGCCUGGCUCGUAUAUUCUCUACACGCAUAUGAUUGCUCAGAGACGCAAGGCGUUGAAGAAGAAAUGAUGGGCUCAGCCGUGCUGUGCUCUGGGUUGGGGCCAUUUGGGGGCGAGCGAGCGACGUGACCGAGAUUCGCCGGAGAGUACUCCGUACGGAGGACGGAGUACGGAGAAGGAGACACUGCAUGUAUCAAGCAGUAUCACGAUAAUAAAGCUACGCUGCGCUGUACUGUAC